AUGAAGGUUGUUGUUGCAGCAGAGCUGUGCAUUUUCUUGCUCUCCGCAUCUUGCCUUCUACUCCUUUCUUCAGGGUUUCAACUCCAUUCUAAACCCUAUGAUUAUUCUGCUACUACUAAGUGUGUGAAAAAACCUCAUAGGGCACAAUAUGGAGGAGGGAUUAUAGUAAAUCCAGGGUUUGAACAUAACUUAAAGGGUUGGACUGUGGUUGGAAAUGGAACAAUUGUGGAAAGGGUAUCGAGUGAUGGCAAUCGAUUCAUUGUUUCUCGCAACAGAACACGAGCAUUGGAUGGUUUCUCACAGAAGGUUCAUCUGAAGAAAGGAAUUAUAUACAUUUUUUCUGCUUGGUUUCAGCUGAGUGAAGGAAGUGGCAUUGUUUCGGUUGUUUUUAAAACAAAUGGAAGUGAAUUGGUACAUGGUGGCCAUGCGAUAGCCAAGCAUGGAUGUUGGUCUCUGCUAAAAGGGGGCAUAGUUGCAAAGUUUUCAAGACAUGUUGAGAUUCUUUUUGAGAUUGAGAAUCCGACUGUGGAACUAUGGGCUGAUAGUGUGUCCUUACAACCAUUCACCAGAAAGCAAUGGAGAUCACACCAACACGACAGCGUUGAGAGGGUACGUAAGAGAAGUGUGAGAUUCCAGGUAACUCAUCCAAACGGAACAGCGUUGGAAGGAGCAACCGUUGUAAUCAAACAAACAAGGGCAGAUUUUCCAUUUGGAUGUGCGAUGAACCAUUAUAUCCUCACAAACAGUGAAUACCAGAAAUGGUUUGUUUCAAGAUUCAAAUACACGACUUUCACCAACGAGAUGAAGUGGUAUAGUACAGAGAUAGUUCAAGGCCACGAAAACUAUACCAUCCCAGAUGCCAUGUUGCAGUUUUCUAAAGAAAAUGGCAUCUCAGUAAGAGGUCAUAACAUUUUGUGGGACAGUCCAAGACGUCAACCUCAUUGGGAUUUGACCUUGUCUCCUGACGAAUUACGAGUAGCAGCUGAUAAAAGAAUGAAUUCUGUUGUCUCAAGGUAUAAAGGACAAGUUAUUGCAUGGGAUGUCGUGAAUGAGAAUGUCCACUUUCACUUUUUUGAGGACAAACUUGGCGAAAAUUUCUCUGCAGAAUAUUAUUUAGCAGCUUACCGUCUUGAUCCAAACACCGAGAUGUUCAUGAAUGAGUAUAACACCAUUGAGGUCAUUGGGGAUAAGAAUGCCAGCCCAACCAAUUAUCUCAGGAAACUUAAGGAGAUUCAGCAAUUUCCAGGAAUUGAUGGAAUAUCAUUGGCCAUAGGGUUGCAAGGCCAUUUUCCAAGUGGUGUGCCAAACCUUGCUUACAUGAGAUCAGGUUUAGAUCUUCUUGCCGCAACUGGACUUCCUAUAUGGCUCACAGAAGUCAGUGUGGAUGCUCAGCCAAAUCAGGCAGAGUACUUUGAAGACGUACUAAGAGAGGGGUUCUCUCAUCCUGCUGUUAAAGGGAUUAUAAUGUUUGUAGGACCAGAACAAGCUGGUUUCGACAGUACAUUACUUGCAGAUAAAAAUUUUAAAAAUACUCCUGCCGGAGAUGUUGUGGACAAGCUGAUUCGCAAGUGGGGAACUGGCCCUCAAACAGCCAUAGCAGAUAGUAGAGGAACUAUAGAUAUUUCACUAUAUUAUGGGGAUUAUGAUGUCACUGUUACACAUCCUCUAACCCAAUACUCCAAAACACUGAAUAUAAGUGUAAGGAAAGGAUUUUCUCUGGAAACUGUCCAUGUCAUAAUGGACGCCUAA